AUGGUCAUAACGAAGCUCAAAAGGGCCGCCAUAGCACCAGCAGCCUCCGCACCAGCUAAACGACGCGGUCGACCAUCCAAAUCCUAUUCGCCAUCAAUCGCUUUCGAACCCAUCGAGUAUCAGCGCCCAAUCGUUCCUUCAAGCCAACGCAGCAACGCCAAUACCAAGCAUCGUCCCGGGCACCCCUCCAGGCAACCCCGAUCUGUCGCUCCCAAGGUCGCCGAUUCCAAGAAGAAGUCUGACAAGGCCAAUGUCGACCGCGUCGAUGCCUUUACCUCUGCGCGUUCGAGGGGUUCCAAGGACCCCGUCCAAGAUCCCAUCGAUUCUAGCACCGCCGUGACUAAGAAAAGCAACAAGAAGAAGAAUGACGAGUUAGCGGAACUACUGUACCUCGCUAUCUGCCAGGCAGCCGAGCAAGACCGCCGCGAACAAAAAACCGCAGCCCGUGAUUUCGACAUCCAAGAUCGCGAUCGACGCAGCAGUACCAGUGGCCCCACGAGCACUCCCUCCAGGCGUAGAGGUGGAUUGUAUAAUUUCUUGGCCCUUGGCCCUUCGUCCUCCCGCAGGAGUUCAUCUUCAUCGGCAACGACCGACGCGAAUGAAGAGAAAGAGGAGGAGGAGAGGUUGGUAAAGAGGAUGAGGCACCAGCCGACGCUAAGAGAGUUCGAGACGAAGGGGUACUCUAACUCGCUUGAUGACAAACCCCAGGAGUAUAUCCCGCUCGAGUUUGGGAGCAGGGAUCUCCCGCUGUUGGCCUUAAAUGGGAUCGAGAGUACUCGAGACUGGCAGUAUCAACUCCACCAGCACUAUCAGCGCCAGCCUGAAGAGAUGUCUAUGGCCUCCUGUCUCUCAUCCUCACUCUCGUCGUCCUUGUCGUCAUCCUCACUCUCGUCGUCCUUGUCGUCAUCGUCGCCAUUGUCGUCCUUCUCAUCGUUGUCUUUGGACGCGUCGGAUGUCUUGGAUGUACCGAUGUCCCCGCCGACAGUCUGCUUUGACAAUAUCUCGAGUGUCCCUUCUACUCUUGACGCAAUGGCAGCGGCAGAGGCAGAGGCAGCAAUGACCACGGGGUUGGACCAGGUCUACCUAUUUCAGCACUUCCCUUUCUCUCCCUCUCUUCAUCUUGCUUCUCCUCUCCUUCCUACCCCGACGGCAACCACCAUUGCGGCUUCGUACUUCCAGCUCUUUAGCCACAACGAUGCGAGUCAUGACCUGUCAUUCCAGUCUAUGGGUCCUCUGACCAUGGGAUCUGAGUUGGUCCCGUCCUUCAUCCAGACUAAUACACCUGCUCAAUGUUCGAUAGCCGACCCCUUCCCUUCGCUGAUGCCGAUGCCGAUGGCGAUUGGGUUCUCGAACCCCCCGGACCCUUCUGUACAGUUUGAGGCUGUGUCUGCGUCCGUGCCCUUUUUUGAAUCUCGCAAGAACUCCAAGUAUUAUUUGGAUCUCGUGGCCGAAAAGCUGGCUUCCAACGCUUCUCCUCCUUCACCCUCUCAGCACUGA